AUGGUAGUGAUGAUGGUGAUAAUGAUGAUCAUGAUCAUGAUGGUGAUGAUGGUGGUGAUAAUGAUGAUCAUGAUCAUGAUGGUGAUGAUGAUGGUGGUGGUGAUGAUGGUGGUGGUGAUGGUGGUGGUGGUGGUGGUGAUGGUGAUGAUGAUGAUGGUGAUGAUGGUGGUGGUGGUGAUGAUGAUAGUGAUGAUGAUGAUGAUAAUGAUGGUGGUGGUGGUGAUGGUGAUGAUGAUGAUGAUGGUGGUGAUGAUGGUGGUGGUGGUGAUG